UAUAGGUGAGACUCUGAACCAUCUUUGAUGUCUCUCUCGCCCUCGGGGAGCAAAAAAUGAACAGCACAGAAGAGCUCUGCCAUUCUGUGUUACACCACUGCAAUACCGUCAAAACCUUGAAGCAAAUCCAGGCCUUAAUGUGCAAGGCCGGCCUCGAUACCGAUCGGUUAGUCGCUGGGAAGCUCCUUCUCCGCUGUGCCGUUUCAAUUUCCGACGCUCUUGACUACGCUUGCCGUCUUCUCUUUCAGUUCCCGUAUCCUGAUGUUUUCAUGUACAACGCUAUCAUCCGAGGGCUUGCCGAAUCCGAUACACCUCAGAGUUCUAUCUUCUCGUUCGUCGAAAUGCGUCGAAGAUCGAUAGGCCCACCUGAUAGCUUCUCUUUCGCGUUCAUACUUAAAGCGGCAUCUAAUUACAGGUCUUUACGAGCAGGGAUUCAGUUGCAUUGUCAAACUGUAAGGCAUGGACUUGACACCCAUCUCUUUGUUGGGACGACUCUUGUGAGUAUGUACGCGGAAUGUGGACGUCUUCAUUCUGCAAAGAAGGUGUUUGAGGAAAUAAGUGCACCAAAUGCUGUCACAUGGAAUGCGCUACUUACUGCGUGUUUUAGAUGCUCGGAUGUAAAGGGUGCGGAGGAAACGUUUGGUAGGAUGCCGAUCAGAAAUUUGACCUCGUGGAAUACAAUGCUCGCGGGGUAUGCCAAAGCGGGGGAGCUUGAGCUGGCUAAAAUGGCGUUCCUUGAAAUGCCUAUGAAAGACGAUGUUUCUUGGAGUACUAUGAUUUCUGGGUUUGCUCAGAACGGUUGCUUCUAUGAGGCUUUGGGAUUUUUCAGGCAGCUGCAACGUGUUGGAAUAAGAGCAAAUGAGGUGAGCUUGACAGCGGUUCUAUCCAUGUGCGCCCUGGCUGGGGCGGUUGAGUUUGGGAAGAUAUUGCAUGGUUUUAUGGAGAAAGCUGGAUUCCUCUGGAUCAUUUCAGUGAAUAACGCACUCAUGGACACAUAUUCCAAGUGUGGUAGCGUAGGCAUGGCUCGAUUAAUCUUUGAGAGAAUGCCAACAAAUAAAAGUAUUGUUUCUUGGACAACAAUGAUAGCAGGACUUGCAAUGCAUGGUCAUGGAGAAGAAGCAAUACAGAUUUUCAAUGAUAUGGAAGCGUCUGGGAUUAUGCCCGACGGUAUCUCCUUCAUUUCUAUCUUAUAUGCUUGUAGUCAUGCUGGAUUGAUAGAAGAAGGAUGUAAAUACUUUUCGACCAUGAUAGAGAUAUAUGGUGUAGAACCAGCCAUUGAACAUUACGGUUGUAUGGUUGAUCUAUACGGUCGAGCUGGUAAGUUGCAAAUGGCAUAUGAUUUUGUUUGUAAAAUGCCAAUUUCACCCACUGCUAUUAUAUGGCGGACUCUUCUCGGGGCUUGUAGCAUUCAUGGUAAUGUUGAGUUGGCAGAGAAAGUGAAGGAAAGGCUUUAUGAACUUGAACCCCACAAUUCUGGUGACCGUGUUCUUUUGUCCAAUAUUUAUGCUGUAGCAGGAAAAUGGAAAGAUGUUGCAGCAGUGAGAAGAUCGAUGUCUGACCAGAUGAUCAGGAAAACUCCCGGUUGGAGUGUGAUUGAAGUUGACAAGAUUAUGUAUACUUUUGUGGCAGGUGAAAAAGGGGAUAAAAUUAUAGAGGCGGCUUAUGAGAAGUUAAGGGAGAUAAUGUCAAAGCUUCGGGUUGAAGGAGGUUAUGUUCCAGAGGUUAGGACUGUUUUGCAUGACAUAGAAGAAGAAGACAAGGAAGAUUCUGUGUCUAGACACAGUGAGAAGCUUGCUGUAGCUUUUGGGAUGGCAAAACUUUUUGAGGGAAGCAUUAUAAGAAUAGUGAAGAAUUUGAGGGUGUGCAGGGACUGCCACAGAGUGAUGAAACUGAUUUCUAGAAUAUAUAGAUUAGAGAUUGUGGUUAGAGACAGAAGUCGCUUCCACUCUUUCAAAGAUGGCUCUUGUUCAUGCGGAGACUACUGGUAAGAGCUGGCCAAUGAAUUAAUUGUAGAAGGAAACGACCUACGAAUUCAGGAAAACAACUGAAUCAACAUCAUUGAUCGAAGAAACCAUGCCUUGGAACCAAGAAAAGCAGGAACAAACGAGAAAACUGGGCAUUUGAUGUGUUGAAAGUUGAUAAUCUAGGGUUAGUGCGAAGAGUUGAACCAGUAUUUCUAAGGAGAAAGACAAGAUGAAGAAUAACAAUUAUAUCCUUGAAGAGGACAUUGAUCUAUUGCACCAAACAAGGAAAAUACCAUGGAAAGAAAAGAAAAGAAAGGGUAGCGAAACAAGCAAUUGAGUGAUACAGUAUUGCCCAUCACCAUAAGAAGAGAAGCUGAGAGUACAUCUAUAGGACUAAUCAAACAUUCAGUAACAAGAACUAAAAGCUGCAUUUUGCAUUGUGAAUCCUUUAUCCAAUUUAUAGGUACUAGAACAAAUGAUGGGGACAAGCAUAUAUAUAUAGACAGGUUGGUGUCAGUAAAAUCGAACUUCAUCAAUACCAUAUAAUAGUUUCUAUUUUGCGAAGCCUCAUUAAAAGUUGUCAUCAGCAGAAUAUGAUGUUCUUUCAUUUUACUUGAUAUUAAUAUUAUCGAUUUAGUGCCGAAAGAGGCAGA